AGUCAGUAAAUUUUUUCGACACUGCGUGCGUGGUGCAGGGAGCUCCACGAGAAAAAAAGUGAAAAUUACUAUUAAAAUGGCUUGAAUCGCCUUGAGAGUGAUAUGAAUACAAACUAGAUAAUUGGUGGAAACUAUUGAUAACAAUGACGCAAUCCAUAAUACCCCGCAAAUCCGCUGAAAAUGUGAACAGAGUCCAGUGAAUAAAUGUGACAAUUUUCUUGGAAAUCUGGGCAGCAGAUAUAUCUCAAUCUUCCCUUUACCUCGAGGAUUCUUUGGUCUUGAGGAUCUCACAGGGAGUGUGCAAAAGAGUGCAAAGUGUUUUAGGUUGUGCAAAUAGGAAAUCAGAUUAAAGCAAUUAAAUGUGGUGAAGUAGAGUUCGAGGGCAGUUGCAGCUGAAUGAGGAGAUUCUGUCAAUUUGAUGGCAAUCGUAGAGACUCUAGCUGGCCGAUGGCUACGACGAUACAGAGUCUUCUUCCUCCUGGGCCUCCUCAUUCUCUCCCUGCAGAUCUUCCUGGCCUACAAAUCCUUCAAAUUGCCCCUCUUUGGCACCCAGUCAGCUGAUGAUACCCAUGAACAUCAUCACAUAUCAUCGUCUGAUAGGAAGAUCAGUCAGAAUCCGGGUGGAAAGGGCAGGUCAGGUAGUCAGAAUAGUGCCAUAUUGGACUAUGAAGAUGGUCACAAUAGCAAUUCAAAUAUCCGGGAAUUUGUGGCGAAGGAAAAGAAAUCCUCGCACAGGGUCCACCUGGAAGACCUUCCCUUCAGUCCACCGUGUUCAAUUCACUCCCGGGAAGCCAUCUCGGCCAUCCAUCGGGCCCGUACUCAGGAAUGCAAGAAACAUAUCGCCAAUAUCAGUUGUGCCAUCCAAACUGGUCAGUUGUACAGCUCCUGGCUCCCCAGCUCCUGUCCCCGGGGUCAUCAUCUGCCCAACAGAGCUCUCGGAUGCUAUCGCGAUGAGAAAAAGUACCGCAUCCUCUCCGGCUACUAUACAAACUUCAAGGGCAGCAAUUCCCCAUCGAACUGCAUCAAGAUGUGCCUGCAAUCAGGCUUUGUCUACGCCGGAGUCCAAUACUCCACCGAAUGCUUCUGCGGCAACAAUGAACCACCAGCUGCAGCCAAAUUACCCGAUCCCAGUUGCAACAUGAAGUGCCCCGGAGACGCCAAGGAAGCCUGCGGGGGCUACUUCUCCGUCAACAUCUACGAAACGGGCAUCCGGAAGUUUACAGCCCAAACGGCCGAAUUGAUACCAAAGACCGGAGUGACACGUGUCCGGAUCGCCUUCCUACUCACCCUCAACGGUCGUGCAUUGCGACAGGUUCAUCGACUCCUGAAAGCCCUCUACUCAACCCAAAAUUUCUUCUACAUUCACGUUGAUUCCCGCCAGGACUAUCUCUUCCGGAAUCUCGUUCGCUUGGAAUCCAAGUACAGCAACAUUCGCCUGACUCGUCAGAGAUUCUCAACAAUCUGGGGCGGAGCAUCCCUUCUGCAGAUGCUACUUACGUCCAUGCGAGAGCUCCUGGGCUCCUCUUGGUCAUGGGACUAUGUGAUAAAUCUCAGUGAAAGUGAUUUCCCAGUGAAAAGUGUUGAUAAAUUAGUGGAUUUUCUCACGGCCAAUCGUGGGAUGAACUUUGUGAAAUCCCACGGACGCGAAGUGCAGCGAUUCAUCCAGAAGCAGGGUCUGGAUAAGACUUUUGUCGAGUGUGACACUCACAUGUGGCGAAUUGGGGAUCGGGAACUACCGCAUGGGGUGCAAAUUGAUGGGGGAAGUGAUUGGAUAGCACUGAACAGGGAUUUUGUGGAAUAUGUGACGAAGAGUGAUGGUGAAGAUGAUCUUCUCGAAGGACUUUUAACAAUCUUUCGUCAUACUCUCCUUCCGGCCGAAUCAUUUUUCCACACAGUGCUCCGGAAUUCGCAAUUCUGCAACACGUACAUCGAUAAUAAUCUCCAUGUGACGAACUGGAAGCGAAGAUUGGGAUGCAAGUGUCAGUAUAAGCAUGUGGUUGAUUGGUGCGGAUGCAGUCCGAAUGACUUCAAGCCAGACGACUGGCCGAGAUUGCAAGCCACUGAGGCUAAACAGUUGUUCUUUGCGCGAAAGUUUGAACCAAUUGUCAAUCAGGCAGUCAUUCUGCAGCUUGAGGAAUGGCUCUUCGGCCCUUAUCCUUCUGACACUCCGAACCUCAAUCGCUACUGGCAGAGUGUUUAUCACUACUUGGACAAGAGUCCAUCGCCAGAUGACGCACUUCUCACUGUUGCAGCAAGUUUGGCAAGAAUCAGUGCCAGAACGAAAUCCGAAGGAGCUUUGCAUCCUGGGAAGGUUAUUGAAGUGCUUAAUUUCAUGGAAGAUGAUGAUUACCGCGGAUUCAUCAUUCAGCACGAGGUAUCUUGGACAGACGAUCAAACACAGUCCAAUUUGAUGGAAAUCCUCGUAAAACCCACUCAAAUGGUUCAAACUGCCAAAUCUUCGGCUUUUGCCCGAAGGAUUCGGAGUUUAGAAGUAAGUUCAGAUUAUGAUCAGAAAGAGCAGAUUGGACGGAACUAUCCUCGGGUCCUUGGGCCCCAGUCAGAGCCUGUUGUCAUUUUCCGGUUAACACCCCAAAUUGCCACAGACAAUCACACAGCUCUGGUAAAUCUGACAGCACUCUGGCUGGAUCCGACGGGCAAUUUGGCAGAUAUUUCUGAUCUCCACAUCGAAGAUGGAGGAUCUUCUGUGAAUUUUGCCAAAGGGAACCUCCGAAAGCCCAUUUUACCGGGCGUCUGGACGAUCAAGCUCAUCCUGAAGAAGACCACAAUUGCUCUUAUUCGCUUCCUCAUCUCCCCACUGGAAUUUCAAUCCGGUGAGGAGAUUUCGGCAGAGAAAGCGAAGAAACUUCACAGAGGAACUUUGAGUGAUUCCCUUCAUGCUUCCAGUGAAUGGAUUUCUUAUGUCCAAACGCCAGAGGAACGUAUUCCUCUCGAGCAGAAAGCUCAGAAAAAUGCCGAGAAAAUCGGACAAGAACUUACCCAAUGGAUAGACCAUUUAGUUGGGCAGUUCUUUAUCAUUCGCGAAUUGUGUUCGCAGCAUCUGAUUCCACAGCAAAGUCACCUGGAACAGUGCCAUGAGACAACAUGGAGCUCUUUUGCUCCCGAUCCAAAGAGUGAUGACAAUUUGCACGUGAGCAGCGUUAAAGCAUUAAAAAAACGCUGAAUUUAUCGUCGAUAGAGGCAAAUUUGUGAUAUUUUAGCACAUUGAUGGGACAUUUUCCCAAAAAAAAAGUAACUUUUUAAGAAGAGCUUCGCAAUUCCUUUCCCAACUCUUUUUAUCCAAUUAAGAUGGUCUGAUAUCUCAUCGAGAGGGAAAAAGGAUAUUUGGGACAAGAUUUAAAAAGAAGAGAAAAAAAAGAGGCAAAUAUGAAGCUUUUCCCUAACAAAAUGUUGUUGAAACAAGAAAUAAUCUUUCCAACUAUCGCUCUAAUAAAUCUAUUUCUCCGGGAAAUACCAUUUUCAAUAUCCAUUUUAUGCUCAAGAAAGUUUCAAAGGUUUUUGAAGAAGUUUUCCAGAGACGGGGGUUGUCAAUUGAGAAGUUGUGGUUACUUUGACAGAACGUCAAAUGCAAUAUUAAAAAAAAUUUAAACAUAUCAAACAAAAAGGCUAUCAAAAGUUCACAAUUGGACGUAAUUAAUAAGCAAUAUCAACGCACAAAAUUAGAAAUCUAUGAGGAAAAAUUCCCUUUGAAAUAAAAGAGGUUAUGUUGCAGUCAAUGAAACAUAACCUCAAAAUAUCAUAACCUAAAAAGGGAUAUUUUUGAGACGUGAUAGUCAAGAAAUAUCCGGUCGAUAAAAAGACAUUGAAGAAAAAGAAAAAAUAAUCCUUUUUUCAAAAUAUCGGAAAAAUACAUUUAAAAAGAAAAAAAUAUUCACUGUUUUUGCGGUUUUUAUACUAAAAAGUGAUUAGACUUCAUUAUCUUGUGAAGAGGUUGUAUUCAAAAGUUAUUUUCUUAUAAAAAAAAAUUACCGGUACCUUUGCCGAAGACCAUUUUCCCC